AUGCCUUCAUAUUCCCUUUACGUCUUUCUUAUCAUCGUUGGCUGUGUGGUUGUCACGUUCAUUGGCUACUCAGUCCACUACAUCUCGACAAAUGGGUUCUCGGACGACAAGUACGAGCCUGAGAUGUCGGAUGACCAGAGGCGAUAUCUGAGGGAAGUGCGCUUUCGAAAUUUUCUUGCCCUCGAGGAAGCAUGUCGUGCACAGGGUCCUCCUGUUCGACCUCGGGACCGUCUGGGUGCAGUGAGAUAUUGA